GCGAGGGCAGGCACGCACCGGAAGAGCCCCCGCCGCCGCCGCUCGCCUGCUCCUGCGUCGUGCGGCAGCGCCGCCGCGUGCUGCUCCCGCUCCAGCUCCGGCACCGCGGCAUCUCUCCUGCUCCAACUCGCCCCGUCCCUUGUCCCGCGCCGGCGCUGCUCCUGCGGUGCCCGGCCGCCACACCACACGCUUGGCCCAUCUCGGUUUUGUUAAAUUAUUGGCAUCCAAGCUUGGCGUCCAAAAUCUCCUUAACUUGAUGUUCUUAUUCAAGGAUGCUGGAAGAGACGCUGCAGGGUGCGGGCUUAGCUGUUAAUGCUGCUAGGCCUUUCCAAACGGAGGCUCUGCACGACUUCCUGUGCAUGUUGUUGGGUUUGCCCAUGGACAACUUCGGCCAUGCACAAGCACAGCCAUCUCCUCUGGUACCGUUUCAGCAAACAUUUACCAUCGUUCUCACCAAUUCGUCUGUGUGUGGCGAAUUUUGGCACUCACUUACCACCCGAGAGAUCAAGAAAGCAAGGGGGUCGUGGCAUCCAUGACGCAUUGAGAGUCAUGCACCUCGUGCCAAGGAAGGCAUAUAAUGGCAAGGAGGAAGGUCCAUCUCACCGCCGCCUUAUCAACGACUGUAUGCAUGACAUCUUGGGAGUUCAGCCAGAAAAUCAUGUUAUGCGUAAUGGAAAAGUGCAGUUUGUUGGCUCAAGCAAUAAUGCAGAGCAAAUUUUACCCAAUACCGUUGAUUCUCAUGAUAUCUCUGCUUGUCCUUCCAUGAAUAAGCUCGCAAAGGUAAACAAGUUUAUGCUACUUAUGGAGCUGCAUAGGAGAGGAAUGAGUGCGGAUAUAUCUAUUUUAGCAUCUGCCAUGAGCUUUUGUGCUGUUAAGAAGUCCAUUAGGGGAGGUGUCCAGCUCCAUGCUCUACUGGUGAAAGUUGGUUAUGAAUUAUCAGUCCUUUCUGGCACCUCUUUAAUCAGCUUAUAUGCAAGAUGUUAUCAACUGGAGAAUGCUUGUCAGGUUUUUCAGAACAUGCCAGUUAAAAAUACGGUGUCGUGGACAGCACUCAUUUCUGGUUAUGUGCAGGAUAAUAAGGUUGAGCCUUGCCUCCAGGUGUUUCAGCUGAUGAGGCAGUCAGUGUGCAGGCCUAAUGACAUCACAUUUGCCACUAUCUUCAGUGUGUGUACUAACCACGCACUUCUUGCACUUGGUAAAAGUGUUCAUAGUCUAGAACUGAGAAUGGGUUUUGAUUUGUGUGUGCAUGUCUCUAAUGCACUGAUAUCAAUGUAUGCAAAGUGUGGGAGUAUAGAUGAGGCCCAGUCCAUAUUUGAGAGCAUUGCGUGCAAGGACCUGAUUUCUUGGAACUCCAUGAUAUUUGGAUAUUCACAGCAUGGCCUUGCUGAGCAUUGCCUAAGCUUGCUAAAAGAAAUGGAGGAGGAGCACAUAGUGCCUGAUGCAAUCUCCUUCCUUGGCAUCCUGUCAUCAUGUCGGCAUGCAUGCCUUGUAGAGGAAGGCCGGCGCUGCUUCAAGGCAAUGAUCAGACUUGGAAUAGAACCAGAGCUAGAUCACUACUCGUGUAUGGUAGACCUCCUCGGCCGGGCAGGGUUGCUCGAUGAAGCAUGGGAUUUGAUCCAUACAAUGUCCAAGUCUCCAAAUGCAGUCAUAUGGGGUUCUCUGCUGGCUGCCUGUAGGAUGCAUGGAAACAUUCCGAUUGGCAUCCAUGCUGCAGAGCACCGUCUUAAGCUGGAGCCAGGUUGUGCUGCAACUCAUGUACAGCUAGCAAAUCUAUAUGCUAGCAUUGAUUGCUGGAGUGAUGUGGCCAGAGUGAGGAUGAUGAUGAAGGAGAGAGGACUGAAGACGAACACUGGGUGCAGCUGGAUAGAAAUUGGCAAUAAGGUUUAUACCUUCACAGCAGAAGACAGAUCAAAGAGCCAACAAGUAAAUCAUGUCUUGGCUGUUCUUGACUGCUUGCGCUCUCAUAUGGAAUACAAGUAUGAUCUGCUGAUAGAUGGUCUUGAGUUUGAUGAGCCUGAAUAUUUCAAGGUAAGUUCGAGAUCGCCCCAGUCAUUUGUCUAUAUGAAGAACGAAGAAUCAAUUCUAUAGAAAAAGCAUGACUCACACCUCAGGGACUUGCAAUAUGGCAUCAGCUUUAGUGUUUUCCCAUCUGCCAUCUGAUUUUUGAUGCUCAAUGUAGUCUUAUUUAUACAAUUGUUGUAAACCAGGUUUCAUUAGUGAUUAGUACAAACUAUGCGGGGACUUUUGAUGUAAAUUGGAGUCAAAAUAUGAGAAGGGUGGAUUGACUAGACAAGGAUUGACGGUUUCUUUCUCUCCUGCUAUUUUUGCACUGAUCUGAAAGUGCAAAUUACCUCAUAAUUUCAGUUUGACAUCUGGAAAUUACUCCUUGACUGCAACUUAUAGAUAACUAGUAUCCUCUAAAAAUUAUUUCGUAGUUGCAUUUAUUAUUUUUCCUUUGGG